GUCUCGAAGCGCUGGCCUGAGACCUCACGUAGACGAUCCCGCGCGGCCGCGGCCGCCAGCGUCAGUCGGCCACCAUUUUAUUUGCGAAUUAUUCCAAACAAUGUCAUUAAAACGCUGAAUUCGAGAGGAAACGCCGCGAGGAAAUGCCGCGCAAAUAAAUAUCUGCGAAGAAUCGCGACAGCUCGAACAUCGACAAUGUGCCCAUGGAAAACAGUGGCUAUAUUUUUUGUGAUCACGCUCAGCUUUUUGGAGGGUAGGAAGAUAUCGCAGGAUAUACGCGACAACCAUGUUUCCACGGGCAAUCGUUCGGAGCGGUUUCUGUUCGACAACAUCUUCGGCUUGGAGGUGCCUCUGCUAGAGGAGCAGAGCGUGGAAGAUGACGAGGAUGACACCCAGGUCAAGAACUGUUCCUGCGAAUGCGGCAGAGCAAACCCACUUCCUAGAAAGUUAGAGUGCGGCGGGCCGAACCAGGAGAACCGUAUAGUGGGUGGAAUGCCGGCGGGCAUAAACCGGUACCCCUGGAUGGCGAGACUGGUGUACGACGGCCAGUUCCACUGCGGAGCGUCGCUUCUCUCCAAGGAGUAUGUUUUGACAGCGGCACAUUGUGUUAGAAAACUUAAACGAUCGAAAAUCCGAGUGAUCCUGGGCGAUCAUGAUCAGACGGUGACCACGGAGAGCGCUGCCAUCAUGCGCGCCGUCACGGCCAUCGUCCGCCACCGCAGCUUCGACGCCGACUCCUACAACAACGACAUCGCUCUGCUCAAGCUGCGGAAACCCGUCACCUUCUCCAAGAUCAUCAAACCCGUGUGUUUGCCUCCAGCAACUGCAGAGCCGACAGGUAAAGAAGGUAUCGUGGUAGGAUGGGGACGGACAUCGGAGGGUGGCCAACUACCCGCCGUGGUGCAAGAAGUAAGGGUGCCUAUUUUGUCACUCACCCAGUGUCGGGGGAUGAAGUAUAGAGCUUCUCGCAUCACUAACAACAUGCUUUGCGCGGGUCGAGCUUCAACAGACUCUUGCCAAGGCGACAGCGGCGGGCCUUUGCUUCUACAAAACGGAGACAGGUUCCAAAUUGUCGGAAUAGUAUCAUGGGGUGUGGGAUGUGGUAGACCCGGGUACCCUGGAGUUUACACCCGGAUAACCCGAUACUUGCCGUGGUUGAGAGCGAACCUGCGUGACACCUGCCUCUGUGCCAAUUAAUUAUAUUUUAAAUAAGAAAUAGUCAUAAUAUGUACCUAGUAAAUAAGAAUGUCUAUUUGUAGCUAAUAAUAUUGAUAUUUUUUAUCAUAAUGUAAAUAUGGUCAAUUGUAAACGCAAACCUAUAAAACCUUUUUGUUUAUUUAGGGUUAGUUCUCUCUCAGCUUACCUAUGCAGUGGCAUCCGAACAGAACGUUACGAAAAAACAAUGUAUAAACAAAUGUACACCUUAUUUCGUUCAAUAGCUACUACAGGUAUAAAUAUGUAUAUACCUUAUAGAGUACAUGUAUUACAAAUCGAAACCAGAAUCUAAAAAAAAUACUCAAGCCCAGUGGCGUAGCCUGGGGUUUUGCCACCCCUAUAGUAAGCCUAUAGUAAUUCAUUCAUAAAAGUUAAAUAAUUUUUUUCAACUUAUCUAAUAAUAACUUUUAAUAGUGUUUGUAUUAAAUUUUGUAUUAAAAAAAUUUAAAUAAAUAAAUAAAUGAGUGCAAAAUGUAAGAAUAAUAAUAAUUGUAUUAUAUUGAAUAAAAUUAAUCGCAUUGUAGUUUUUAACUAACAUAUUUGCAUUGUACCUAUAUUUUAUUACAUAGACUGCUACUGCUUUGGAUUUUUUUUUUCUGUCUGAGUAGGUGCCGAUAGCUCCCUGCGGAACCACUACGGCGUCACCGGGGGGGUUGGGCGAGCGCAAAAGCAUCACCUGAUGUGACCCGAAGGCUGAAAGAAAGAUAUAGGACAAAACGGCUCUCUAAGGGCGUCUCCUAUGAGACUUGGACCUCGGCUUAGAGGGCCGUUCUGGAGGAGGUAACCGUGACCUGAGUGAAUCAGUCCGGACGCCCCCUAGAUCGUGAGUUAGAAAACCCACGUCCGGGUGACGUUAGAUAUCGGGGAAAACAACUGCUUUGGAAAGAGCAGACAUCUUUGACAAGAAAUGGCCAAUUGAGCGAGCAUAAUAUUAUUGCAGGCUUUGAAAAGGCAUAUUUUGUGCUUGUCUAAUGAGAUUUAUGAGGCGUGCAUAUUUGGAUGUUUUUUAUUUUCAAUGGAGUUUGCUGAACGGGGCAAUAGCCCCCCUUGCCCCCGCAUCGCUACGCCACUGAUUAUUAUACGCGCUAUUUGUUUUUAAGUAGUUUUUAAAAUAUCAUUGAGUACAUUAUGUGUAUAAUUAGGAAUGCAAAGUAGUAUUAAGUACUUAUGCACUUGUUAAAUGUAUACUUUUAUUUAAUGUCUAAUGAGAAUAAAUAACAAUACCUAAUUAACAGCUUCAUUAUAUCAUGCAGCUUCAUUUUUUCAUUAUAUCACUUGGUAGUUAAUGAUUAUACUUAGUAAUUUUAUUAUUCUAUUUAAUAAUACAUAGUUUUAUGUAAAUUUUUUAAAUAUAGUGGACAGGCCGGUGGUGCAGAUUACCAAUAGAUGUUAAGCGACUGUAGACACUACCUACGUGUUCAAUAUUUUAUUUGUACAUAAAUUGUUAAGAGAAAUAAUAAUCAUCUGUACAUAAUCAUAAUCAUUAUUAUCAUCACUAUAAUCGUCGUUAGCAUCAUAAUCAUCAUCGUUGUCAUUAUAAUUAGUACAUUAUCAUAACAUUAUAAUAUUUCUGCUGUCCGAUAAGUAAAACGCAGCGUACUUAUGUUUUCUCCAUUAUAUUUAAAUGAAUAUGACUGCAAUUGUAUGAAAUUACUUUUUUAUUAUAUCUCUGAUAUUAAUAGUAUAUUGGUGUCAUAUAUAUUUAAAUUUUAAAUUAAUGUAAAAUUGUCUGUUAGAAAGUAUGACAAAAUUAUUAAAAAAAAAAUACAUGGACAGCAGCUACUAAUACCAUACCAUCUAUUGUUAAAAUUAUAAAUUUAAUAAAGCCAUUGGUAACAUGAUGGCGAAUAUAUAAAUAGAGUCAGCUUACCUAAUAUAAAUUAGAACAGUGUGUUAUAAGAUAAAUUAUUUCUUUUUUUUUUUAAUUGUUAUAUAUCUAAAAUUAUCGCUCUUUAGGCUGUAACUGUGAUUUAUAUCACGAUAAAUUUAUCGUUAUAUUGUUGAAUUAAUUUAAUUAUUGUAAAUAAUUUUCAUGUUUUUAUUGUUCUACUAUCUUCUUUCUACUCUACUCUAUUUUCUCAACUUCUAGGUGGUUUGUUUCUGAAUGUUGUCUUUGAUUAUGAUAGUGUCAGAGAUCACGGUUAGAUCUCAGACAUGGAAAUAAAAAGUGAAUAACACUAAAUUAUAAAUGACGUUGUUAAAUACUUUAUUUAAGAUAGGACCGUAAUAAUUUAUAUAGUCUCUACGUAAU